CAACUUUCAUUGUUAGAGAGAGGAGAGAGAGAGAAGCCUUGUUGGUUGACGUCACUUGGUUCAUGAAGCCUUCGCAUAGAAGUGAAGCUGCUGAACAAACCUUGAGAAGAAUCAUCUCCUGCUUCAAUCUGCUGCUGGAUAGGAACUAAUCAGAGAGAGGCGGAAGACGGAGAAGGAGGGAGUCAAAGGCGUUCCCGAUCACAAAUUUUACCUCCACGCCAACUCUCUUUAUACUUUUCUUGCAGAAAUAAUAAUAGAAAUAAGGAGGUGGUGGGGUUUCCAAAAAAAAAAUCGUAACCUUCAGCGAUCUGGGGGAGGCAAAAACCCCAUCCACCGCAACUCUCAGUUCGAAAGUAAAGAUUUCUCAGUAGUGAUGUCACAAGAUUGACCUCCUUGAUCACAAUAUGGAGUCUGGAGAACGCUUACCAUCCUCAACAGCUUCCUCUACUACACCAACUUCAUCUUCUACACCUUCUGUGGCUUCAGCUGUUUCAAAAGGCGGCCUUUCCACUGGAGCUGCUUCACUUAGCUCUGCAAUCAACCCAUGUGGACACUUAUUCAGAGCAGCUGGGGACCAGCCGUGUAACCUGUCCACAGUGUCGAGUGCCUUCCCAGUGGUCAGCCACCCGGUCUUUGGUCUGCAUUCAGCCAGCUCAGGGCAUUCAGAAUUUGGUGGUUUGGGGACACUUGGUACACCCACAGCCUUAGCAGCACAUCCCCAACUAACAUCUUUUCCAGGUUCAGAAUGGUGGCGAACAACAGAUGUUCAUACUCGUACAGGAGCAACCUUCUUUCCACCAUUACUGGGAAUUCCACCACUGUUUGCUCCCCCAGCCCAGAAUCAUGAUUCGUCUUCAUUCCAUUCAAGGACUUCAGGAAAAAGUAAUCGAAAUGGUCCUGAAAAAGGUGUAAAUGGGUCGAUAAAUGGAAACAGUACAUCAUCUGUAUCUGGUAUCAGCACGUCUGUACUAUCCACUACUGUUUCAAGUUCCAUGGGACAAACUAAAACCGUAAGCUCAGGUGGAGGAAAUCGAAAAUGUAAUCAGGAACAAAGCAAAAACCAGCCUUUGGAUUCUAGAGCUGACAAAAUCAAAGAUAAGAAACCAAGGAAGAAAGCUAUGGAAAGUUCUAGCAACAGUGAUAGUGAUUCAGGAACAUCAUCAGACACCUCAAGUGAAGGCAUUAGUAGUAGUGAUUCAGAUGAUUUAGAAGAAGAUGAAGAGGAAGAAGAUCAAAGUAUUGAAGAAAGUGAAGAUGAUGAUUCUGAUUCAGAGAGUGAAGCACAACAAAAAAGUAACAACCAGGUGCUAUUACAUGGUAUUUCAGACCCAAAAGUAGAUGGACAGAAAGCAACUGAAAAAACCCAGGAAAAAAGAAUACACCAGCCAUUACCUCUUGUGUCUGAAUCCCAGACUCACUCAUCAUUCCAAUCCCAGCAGAAGCAGCCUCAGGUUUUGUCACAGCAGCUUCCAUUUAUUUUCCAAAGCUCUCAGGCAAAGGAGGAAUCUGUGAACAAACACACCAGUGUAAUACAGUCUACGGGAUUGGUGUCCAAUGUGAAACCUUUAUCUUUGGUAAAUCAAGCCAAAAAGGAAACUUGCAUGAAACUCGUAGUUCCUUCUCCUGAUGUACUUAAAGCAGGGAAUAAACAUACCUCUGAAGAAUCUAGUCCUUUGACCAGUGAAUUGCGAUCCAAACGGGAGCAAUAUAAACAGACAUUCCCAGCACAGUUAAAGAAACAGGAGUCAUCUAAGAGCUUGAAGAAGGUUAUUGCAGCUUUGUCAAAUCCAAAAGCAACCUCUAGUUCACCAGCACAUCCAAAACAAACAUUAGAAAAUAACCACCCUAAUCCAUUCUUGACAAAUGCACUUUUAGGUAAUCACCAACCAAAUGGAGUUAUUCAAAGUGUCAUUCAAGAAGCUCCUCUAGCACUUACUACCAAAACUAAAAUACAGAGUAGGAUUAAUGAAAACAUUGCUACUGCAAGUAGCACCCCUUUUUCCUCACCAGUAAAUUUGAGUACAAGUGGGAGAAGAACUCCUGGCAAUCAGACACCUCUAAUACCUGCUGCUUCUCCCAUACUCCCUGGUCAAGGAAAGGAAAAAGCAGUUAGCAAUAAUGUAAACACUGUACAAACACAACAUCACCCUCAUCCUGCAAAAUCCUUAGUGGAACAGUUUAGAGGAACAGAUUCUGACAUUCCCAGUAGUAAAGAUUCUGAAGAUUCAAACGAGGAUGAAGAGGAAGAAGAUGAGGAAGAAGAUGAAGACGAUGAUGAGGAUGAUGAAUCUGAUGACAGCCAAUCAGAAUCAGAUAGUAAUUCAGAAUCAGAUACGGAAGGAUCAGAAGAAGAAGAUGAUGAUGAGAAAGACCAAGAUGAAUCAGAUAGUGAUACUGAAGGAGAGAAAACUUCCAUGACACUGAAUAAAACUGCUCCAUCUGUCAAAAGCCCUUCCAUCAGCCUCGCAGCCCACUCAACACCUCGUAACCUCCACGUAGCAAAAGUCCCAGGCUCUGCUCCUGCUGCCUUAGGUUCUGAACCCCAGUCACCUGCUUUUCCGGGCACACCUUCUUCUGCACUUACUUCAAGUCCGCAUUCUGGCAAUUCCAAAAGAAGAAGAGUAACAGAUGAACGUGAACUACGUAUUCCCUUGGAAUAUGGCUGGCAAAGAGAGACAAGAAUAAGAAACUUUGGAGGGCGCAUUCAAGGAGAAGUGGCAUAUUAUGCUCCAUGUGGAAAGAAACUUAGACAGUACCCUGAAGUAAUAAAGUAUCUCAGCAGAAAUGGAAUAAUGGAUAUCUCAAGGGACAAUUUCAGCUUCAGUGCAAAAAUAAGAGUGGGUGACUUCUAUGAAGCCAGAGAUGGACCGCAGGGAAUGCAGUGGUGUCUUUUGAAAGAAGAGGAUGUCAUUCCCCGGAUCAGGGCAAUGGAAGGUCGUAGAGGAAGACCACCAAAUCCAGAUAGACAGCGAGCAAGAGAGGAAUCCAGAAUGAGACGGCGAAAGGGUCGACCUCCAAAUGUUGGCAGUGCUGAAUUCUUAGAUAACACAGAUGCCAAAUUGCUACGAAAACUGCAAGCUCAAGAAAUAGCCAGACAAGCAGCACAAAUAAAACUUUUGCGAAAACUUCAAAAGCAGGAACAAGCUCGGGUUGCCAAAGAAGCUAAAAAACAACAAGCAAUAAUGGCUGCUGAGGAGAAGCGGAAACAGAAAGAACAGAUAAAGAUUAUGAAGCAGCAGGAAAAAAUUAAGAGGAUACAACAAAUCAGAAUGGAAAAAGAACUUCGAGCCCAGCAAAUCCUAGAGGCUAAAAAGAAAAAGAAAGAAGAAGCAGCAAAUGCCAAAUUGUUGGAGGCCGAGAAACGAAUAAAGGAGAAAGAGAUGAGAAGACAGCAAGCUGUCCUUCUGAAGCAUCAGGAACGAGAGAGAAGGCGACAACAUAUGAUGCUUAUGAAAGCUAUGGAAGCUCGUAAAAAAGCAGAAGAAAAAGAACGGUUGAAGCAAGAAAAACGUGAUGAGAAGAGAUUAAAUAAGGAACGCAAGUUAGAGCAAAGAAGAUUAGAAUUAGAAAUAGCAAAGGAACUAAAGAAGCCUAAUGAAGAUAUGUGUUUAGCAGACCAAAAGCCUUUGCCAGAGUUGCCUCGUAUUCCAGGACUUGUUCUCUCUGGAAGUACAUUUUCAGACUGUCUCAUGGUGGUGCAGUUCUUACGAAACUUUGGUAAAGUUUUGGGCUUUGAUGUGAAUAUUGAUGUUCCAAACCUCAGUGUUCUUCAAGAGGGAUUGCUAAAUAUAGGGGACAGCAUGGGUGAAGUACAAGACUUGCUUGUGAGGCUCCUCUCAGCUGCUGUAUGUGAUCCAGGUCUAAUUACAGGAUACAAGGCCAAAACAGCUCUUGGAGAUCAUUUGCUGAAUGUUGGUGUGAAUCGAGACAAUGUUUCUGAGAUUUUGCAGAUUUUUAUGGAAGCCCACUGUGGACAAACUGAGCUUACUGAAAGCCUGAAGACCAAAGCAUUUCAGGCUCACACUCCAGCACAGAAAGCCUCAGUGCUGGCUUUUCUGAUCAAUGAACUAGCGUGUAGCAAGAGUGUAGUGAGUGAAAUCGACAAGAACAUUGAUUAUAUGUCAAACUUGAGGAGAGAUAAGUGGGUGGUAGAAGGUAAACUUCGCAAGCUCAGAAUCAUUCAUGCCAAGAAAACAGGCAAAAGAGAUGCUUCAGGUGGCAUUGAUCUUGGGGAGGAACAACAUCCCUUGGGCACACCCACUCCAGGACGCAAGCGAAGAAGAAAGGGAGGAGACAGUGAUUAUGAUGAUGAUGAUGAUGAUGAUAGUGACGACCAAGCUGAUGAAGAUGAUGAGGAUGAAGAAGAUAAAGAAGACAAAAAAGGAAAAAAGACAGAUAUCUGUGAAGAUGAGGAUGAAGGUGAUCAAGCAGCAAGUGUUGAAGAGCUAGAAAAACAGAUUGAAAAACUGAGUAAACAACAGAGUCAGUACAGACGGAAGCUCUUUGAUGCUUCUCACUCUUUACGUUCAAUGAUGUUUGGCCAAGAUCGUUAUAGACGCCGAUACUGGAUUCUUCCUCAGUGUGGGGGAAUUUUUGUAGAAGGCAUGGAGAGUGGUGAAGGACUAGAAGAAAUUGCAAAAGAAAGAGAAAAACUAAAAAAGGCAGAAAGUAUCCAGAUCAAAGAAGAAGUGUUUGAGACACCUGAGGACACUUUAAAUUGUUUAAAUACAGAUCACUGUGAACAAAAGGAAGAUUUUAAAGAAAAAGAUAACACAAAUCUAUUUCUUCAAAAACCUGGCUCUUUUUCCAAAUUAAGCAAGCUUUUAGAAGUAGCUAAGAUGCCUCCUGAGUCAGAUUCUAUGACCCCUAAACCAAAUGGUAGUGCAAAUGGGUGCACAUUGUCUUAUCAAAAUAGUGGAAAACCUUCACUGAGCAGCCUUCAAUCAACAGCAACACAAAGCAGUGUGGAAAAGACAGACUCUAAUAAUCUGUUCAGUACUGGUCCAGGGAAGUUCUAUAGUCCUCUCCCCAAUGACCAGUUAUUAAAAACACUAACUGAGAAGAACAGACAGUGGUUUAGCCUUUUGCCAAGAACACCUUGUGAUGACACUUCACUUACCCAUGCCGAUAUGUCAAGUGCCCCUCAGUCUCAGCCACCACCUAAGUCACCUUCUCCUGCCCCAGCUCCUCUUCUUGGAUCAUCUUCCACUCAGAAUCCUAUUGGCCUAAAUCCAUUUGCUUUAUCACCUCUUCAGGUGAAAAGUGGCGUAUCUAUGAUGGGACUUCAAUUUUGUGGGUGGCCCACAGGUGUACUCACAUCCAAUAUUCCAUUUACAUCAUCACCUCUGUCUAGUCUGGGAUCAGGGUUGGGAUUAUCAGAAGGAAGUGGUAAUUCAUUCUUGACUCCCAAUGUUGCUUCAAGUAAAAGCGAAUCUCCAGUGCCACAGAAUGAAAAAGUUUCUUCCACUCAACCUGCAGCUGUUGAAGUAGCAAAACCAGUAGAUUUUCUUAGUCCAAAACCUAUUCCAGAAGAAAUGCAGUUUGGUUGGUGGAGAAUUAUUGACCCAGAGGACCUAAAAGCUUUGCUCAAAGUGCUACAUCUCAGAGGAAUAAGAGAAAAAGCAUUACAAAAACAAAUUCAGAAACACUUGGAUUAUAUUACUCAAGCCUGCAUCAAGAAUAAAGACGUUGCUAUUAUUGAAAUAAAUGAAAAUGAAGAAAACCAGGUAACUCGAGAUAUUGUGGAGAACUGGUCAGUAGAAGAACAAGCGAUGGAAAUGGAUUUGAGUAUUCUUCAGCAGGUAGAAGAUCUAGAAAGGAGAGUUGCAUCAGCAAGUUUGCAAGUGAAGGGUUGGAUGUGUCCAGAGCCUGCAUCAGAAAGGGAGGACUUGGUAUAUUUUGAACAUAAGUCAUUAACUAAAUUGUGCAAGGAACAUGAUGGAGAAUUUACUGGCGAAGAAGAAAGCAGUGCACAUGCACUAGAACGGAAGAGUGACAACCCCCUAGAUAUAGCUGUAACCAGGCUGGCUGAUUUGGAGCGGAACAUUGAAAGAAGAAUUGAAGAGGAUAUUGCUCCAGGGCUCAGGGUCUGGAGAAGGGCAUUAUCAGAAGCUCGCAGUGCUGCACAGGUAGCUCUGUGCAUUCAGCAGUUACAGAAAUCAAUAGCAUGGGAAAAAUCAAUUAUGAAAGUUUACUGCCAGAUCUGUCGAAAGGGAGAUAAUGAAGAGCUGCUGCUCCUCUGUGAUGGCUGUGACAAAGGCUGUCACACAUAUUGCCAUAGACCCAAGAUUACUACUAUCCCAGACGGAGACUGGUUUUGUCCAGCUUGCAUUGCUAAGGCAAGUGGUCAAACUCUAAAAAUCAAAAAACUUCAUGUCAAAGGAAAAAAGACUAACGAACUGAAGAAAGGCAGGAAAGCACCAGUGGCAGGAGACACUGAAGAUGAAGACUCCGCAUCCACCAGUAGUUCCCUCAGGAGGGGAAGCAAAGACCUCAAAAAGAGAAAAAUAGAGGAGAACACUUCUCUUAACUUGUCAAAACAAGACAGUUUUACUUCUGUUAAAAAACCUAAAAGAGAUGACUCCAAGGACUUAGCUCUUUGCAGUAUGAUCCUGACUGAAAUGGAAACUCAUGAGGAUGCAUGGCCUUUUCUGCUUCCUGUAAACUUGAAACUUGUUCCUGGUUAUAAGAAAGUUAUUAAGAAGCCUAUGGAUUUUUCUACUAUUAGAGAGAAACUAAGUAGUGGACAGUAUCCAAACCUUGAAACCUUUGCUCUAGACGUCAGGCUUGUUUUUGACAACUGUGAAACAUUUAAUGAAGAUGAUUCUGAUAUAGGCAGAGCUGGCCACAGUAUGAGGAAGUAUUUUGAAAAAAAAUGGACAGAUACUUUCAAAGUGAGCUGAAGUUAUAAUAACCUUUUUUUUUUUUUUUCCUUUUUAACAAGGACAAAUGAGACCAGCAAUGUGAACUAUAUUUACAUAAACGUGCAAGGCACAUACAUAAUGACUUCUUUUUCCUUAAAAUAAGUAUCACAAAAAAAAUUUCAGAAGAAUGUUACCAUUUUUAAAAGCUUCACUCCUACAACAACCAAGGCCCUUGGUUAUUGGUUUGUGUGAUUUAUCAGCUAAUUUAGGUAGAACAGGGAAGCACACCCAAAGAAUUUUCAAAGGAAAGGGUGUUCUAGUGCAAUAGCAAUUAAAUAUAUCAAAUCGCACUGAAUAUUCAACACCAGAGCUCUAACUUGGGAAAUGGUUCUCCUUUCCCUCUCAAUAAAUAUCUAUUUUUCAUUUUUUUACUUUGUAGCUUAUUUUUUAGUGAAUGUAUUUAAUUUUAUGAAUUAUUUAUGAUUAAACCACAUCCAGAAUCUUCGUUUUCUAUGAAAAGGAAGAACUAGAAAAAAUUGCUUUAAAUCUUGAAAAUACAACAAGGAAUGUUUUAAAAUAUAAAACAAAGCCAAGUUAAACUGUUUACACUGAUGUGCUAUAAAAGCACCAAAAAUAAACUUUACUGUAGAGUUACAAGUACAUUUAUAUAUAUGUUGCUGCAUCACUUGUGUAGUUAAAUUGUUAUUUCAAGACAGUGAAGAAAAAUUUACAUGUAUAUACUGUUCAUUAUUGUUUAUAUUAAGUCUUGUUUUAAAUAUGUAUUAUGUGUAUAUAUUGUUUGCAGACAUUAUUGUUUAUGCCUUAGAAGGAUUGUAGCAUUUUAUUUUAGUCUGAAGGUAAUUAUAGCUAUAUAGCUUGUACAGUAAUUAUCCUCUACCAACACUGUGGCGUCUCCUUAAUCUUGGUAGUGCCUGCCUUUGAAACAGGGUGUAGGGGAUAUUAGUUUUCCAUUUUUCUAUUUUGUUAUAUAAUUUCAAGCCACCAGGGCCUAAAUUAAAGUAUAAUCAUUUGUAUCCAUGUGGAAUAAAAUUGUGACAAUUUCCUACACACACAGUAUUUUUUCAUAGAAACAUUUCCCCCUCCCAUUUGCCUUGCCUCAGAAAUAAAUUUAAAAGACAUUUGUAACCACUGUGUUUUAUCUACUGUGUGUUGUGGUGGCCUGUUGGAGGCAAAUAGAUCAGAAUUUUUUUUGUACCUAUGUAAGAGUACUUGAACUUUUAUUUAAAAUAAAAUGUUGUGAAAAGGUAGCAUUCUUUUUUUUUUUUUUUUUUAGAAGUGUUAUUUUUCACUACUAUGUGUGGCACGGAUACAAUAAAAGACUUUUACAAACUA